CGCCAUUUUAACCUGGGCGUCAUGGGGGUAAGUAACUAAUAAUGAUUUUGAUAUUUGAAUAAUGAAGCUCUAGGUGGUUGUUUUCCCUCUCAAAUCUCACUCUGAACUGAUUAUUUUCCUCUAACAGCGCAGAGCUUUAUCUAUUACAUGUUUUACACACACUGUAUUGUUUAUUAAUGAUUGAAAAAUUAUAUUUGUAAGCAUAUUUUUAACCGUGUGUAGCUACAGUUAGCGCUGCCGAACAUCCUGUAAACACCUGCAUUAUAGCAGCACAGCGUCUCGCUUAAUAACAGAAAUCCUAUGCUAAAAGUAUGCUGGAAAACUUUUUAACUGUAGUAAUUUCCUCAUGUGGUGUACACACACAGGGGAAUGCUGUGAAACAGUUUCAGCUCUUAAUUAUGACAAAAAAGACAAACUUUCUUAGUAACUGGAUCUUCUGCAUGUCACAAUAACAUGCCAAGUUGGAUCAUCCACAAAGAAAAACACACACACACACGCAAUGUGGGACAGAAGAAAGUGGCAACAAAGGGAAGGAGCAGAAAAAGAGGGUAAAAGAUAAAAGUGAGAUUUUCUCCUCCUCUCUCCUGAGAGUCUCAGUUUUUUGGCUCGGUCACUUGAGUCCUCCUACUGGCCACAGCUCACAGGUGUGUGUGUGUGUAAGAGAUGGAAUGCUCUAACAAGGACAGACACAUCCAAGCUUUGAUGUCGUCCCCGGUUACUUAAAGUUUUCCAUAAAGACACGAUGUCCUAAAAGACAUCAAAUACUAAUGACGAAAAUAAAACGCACACACACAGCAGUUCUGUGAGUCAAUAAAAUAAUGUUCAGUAGUGUAUAUCAACAUAUUCAUUUUGAAAAAAUCUGACUCACAUGUAGUCAAAAAGUUUACACACCCCGUCUGUAUGUGAGACACUUAAAACAACAAAUGGUGUUUAAAGUCAAUCAGAAGUAAGUGUGUGUGUGUGUGUGUGUGUGAGAGAGAGUCACCCUUUCUAAUAGUAAUGACCCAUAAAGUUUGCUCACACACAGUGAACAGAAAAAAAUCUCUCUCUCUCUCUCUCUCUCUCUCUCUCUCUCUCUCUUUCUGUCUGUCUGUCUCUCUCUCUCUCUCUCUCUCUCUCUCUCUAUCUAUCUAUCUCUUCUUCCUCACAGAAUCUGCGUCCUCAGACCAUGAAUAAACCUGAUCCAAUCACAUCACUUUCCUGCUAUCAUUAAGUGGGUGGAGUCAUGAUAUCUACAUUUACAAAAGGACCAAGGGAGUGAAGGUGCAAAAAUCUAAUUACACACACACACACACACCACGAACAGGACUCAUGCUGUUUAGAACUGGAUCAGAUGUGCAGUCAUGGACACACACCGUCCACACACUAAAUCAGCAGGUGUUCAGGUGUACAGAUGCAAACUGCAGCUGUGAGGGUUUCCUGCCUGAACGACUCAACCUGAGGUCAUGUGACCGCUGCCACCACGGAUGGGUGACACAUGCUCUCAGUAAGCUAAGUGUGUGUUCAGAUCAGGUGGAGGUUGUUCACUCGGCUGUUGUGUGUGACCUCAGCGCUCUGAUUCUUUUCGGAACACACGCUUUUCCUAUCAGGAUGAAGAUUCUCCUGGACCGACUCUUCAGUGUCCUUAUACACCAACACGUCCUCAACACCCUGCACACACAUGGCUGGACGCUGCACGAUUAUGUCCGAGGAUACAAGCUGCAGGACUCAUCAGGAAAGGUUUUGGACCGCUGGGUGAUCAUGACACCUGAAGAUGAAUCUGUGACCCUGCACCAGUUUUUACGUUUCGGCGAAACUAAAUCCAGUGCAGAGCUGAUGAUCUCUCAGCACCAGCAGCUUCCACUUUCACCAAACAUCUCGGAACCCACACCACAGCUCUUUCCCAACACAAGCCAAACUCUCCAGACGAAUGGAAUCAACAAAGGUCAAAGGUCACCUGGAUUGAUCCAUUUAGAAAAUGUGUCAGGAGGCAUAGAGGAGUGCAGCGAUUCUUCCUCAUCACUCCUUCACCAGUUUCCAGGAGAAUUCUGUAAAUUACAGAGACACCGAGAGAUAAAAUGUGGAGAAAAAGCAGAAUCUCCAGCAGCGAUCGUGACCAAUCCUUCGAUACGGAGAGGAGAAGAGAGAAAACACAGAGGAACGAGGGAUCAGCGUUCGUGCUCAUCUCCCGUGAGGAAGUCUCGCGUGAGCUGCGGCUCAUGUGGGAAAACGUUCUACGACAGGGGAACGCUGAAGAUCCACUACAAUGCUGUGCAUCUCAAAGUCAAACACCGCUGCACUGUGGAGGGCUGCAGCAUGCUGUUCAGCUCGCUGAGGAGCCGGAACAGACACAGUGCUAAUCCAAACCCACGCCUGCACAACACACACCACACACACUCCAUGACAUGUCAGUGGUCUUCAUCCCAGUCCUCCACGUCUGCAGUGAAAAUACAGGAAGUGAAAAUAUUUGAGGAGGCUAUGCGAGCACCUGUUACCACAUCAAGUGCUAACAAAAAUAAUUACACAGAAAUGAUCGAUCAACAUAAAAUGUUAGAUUACAGUGCAGGGGGUGGGCCUUCCACUCACCUCUGGACUACACAGGAUGCAUGUAAAGCGGUCACUGGUUCAACAGCCAGAAAGAAAUCCCGCAAGUCCACCAUGCCGAUGAAGAUCAAAAUGGAAACAGGUGAUAAUGACACAUGAUAAACAGCUAGCAUCUGAUAGACAUCUGAUAUAAACCACUAAAACACUGAAACCCCAGAGAGAGGAAGAGGGAUGGCUGUAACAACAACAUGCUGAAGAGAACAAGAGCUUAAACAGGAUGUGUGUAAUCCUGGUAAUAACCUUUAGCCCCUCUUUUCUGUUCCCUACAUAGCACUGCGAUCUGAGUGUGUGAAUAAAAUGUUACUGUUAUUGUGUAAUAAGUGUAGAGUAAACAUGUGUAACAGUAAACAUGGUGAAAACA